AUGAUUUUUGUUGUGUUGCUGAAUCUGAGCCUUUUUGGCAGUGUGCGGACGGAUAAUGUAGAAACCUGCACCCAUCCGGCAACUUUGCAACCACAGAAAACAGCCACUAACCACAGCUCUGCUGAGGCCGACAGGAGGAUAUUUAAAUCCAGUGGGGGUCGUGACGCUUUCCAGAAAUACACGUCUGCCGGACAAAAAUCAAGUCUGGGCCUCCACGAAGCAGUAUGCUACAACUACACAGAAUCCAGUAAAGGUUGGACCAAGUUUCUGAUAGAGUUGGUCAAGAUGGAGGAGGUUUAUCCUAUCGUGGAGAGUUACGACUUCUCCAUUCCCAAAGUAGAAACACGUUGCUGGUGCGACUGUCCGGGAGGGAGGGACUACUGCAACUCGGGAAAACACCAAUGUCAGGAACCUUGUGUGUCCUGGUUUAAAGAUGAUCAGACUGUGGAUGGCUGCUCAAUAACACUGGGGCGGAGUCAGCUGUGCUGUACAGCUGAGUUGUAUGGGAUGGCAGGACCGGAAAUACCACAACUUCUCCCAAAUCAGACUCACUUCACUGCAGUCAAACUGGGGAUACCUAGUCUUGUGGCGACUAUAUCUCAAAAGGGUUACAACUACACGGAUGGUACUUCCGUGGAACUGUUCAGUGAUAUCCGGCAAGUGAAACUGGAGAAACACCAUCUGCUGGAAGAGAAGUUAAGGAUUGUGCUGCACCUUGAUAUGGGCAGUGUCUCGCACAAGAUCCUGGAGAACGCGUGGUAUUUUAUGGUUCCUGGACAUCCCAUUCCUAAGUUAUACACAGGAUGUGAUAUAAAUGGUAAAGACGAAUGGGAUGUUGAGAAAUUAGGGUGGUUCCGACCAAACGGGACUGGAUAUGAAUUUGACAAGUCGAGGUUAGCAUCAGCAAUAUCAGGGGAAGUUAAGAGUUGCGGGGACCAGAGGUUGGAUAACUUCCAGCUUGACGCUCUCUACACUAAUGAGUUCCCAGGAGAUGCCUAUGAUCUUAAGGAGGACUGGGAAAGGGAGGGAAAGUACGAGAUAAAAGAUAACUCAGUUGUGAUAGAAAGAACGGUCUCUGAAAGGAUAGAGGUCACCAUGACGCUCAAGGAUAACCAGGACAUCAUUCUCCCUGCUGGCAAUUCUAGUGUGCAAAACUUUGAUGCGGAAAUCACAGUAAGUCAAGAUGGUUUAGUGUACCUAACGAUCACCUUGUACGAGGCAGAGGGAACUCUGGAAGGAAGAUACUACUCCGAUAACUCCUCCACCAGCGAUGGAGAGAGCAGAGGUUUCACCAUCUUCAUCCCUGACGGACCGCAGAAUGGUCUAAAGAAACAGCUAAAAGAGACUGCUGAGAAAACAUGUUUCCCAUCCCCUCCCCGAGGGUACUGGGACGUGGCAUCAUGCUCUUCUUCCGAGCUUGUUCGAAUAGUGUGUACUUCUGAAAAGGGAGUUUGA